AUGGGGCCUUCUGCCGCCGCAUCUGCCACCACCUUGACGUACAUUGCAAUCUGGUAUGGCCUCAACGUGGCCUUCAACCUACAGAACAAGGUCAUCUUCAACUACUUCCCCUACCCUUGGUUUGUGUCCAGCGUACAUGUUGUCGUGGGGACCAUUUACUGCGCGGUCUUCUACCUGAUCGGGCUCAAGAAGGCCUCCUUUGAGCGGCCGAUCACUACUGAGGAGCUGGGCGCCAUCUCCGGCCCCGCCGCAAUGCAUGCCAUCGGUCAUGUGGCGGCCAACCUUUCUUUUGCCGCCGUGGCCAUCAGCCUGACGCACACCGUAAAGACACUGGAGCCGGCCUUCAACGUCGCGCUGAGCCAGCUGAUCCUGGGCCAGUCCACGCCCGCGCCUGUGAUCCUCUCCCUCAUUCCUGUCAUGGUGGGUGUGGCCGCCGCCUCAGCCGCCGACCUGUCCUUCAACUGGACCGGCUUCAUCUCCGCCAUGGUCUCCAACCUCACCUUUGGCUUCAGGGCUGUCUGGUCGAAGAAGGCCAUGACAACGAUCAAGAACCUGAGCUCCACGGGCAUCUACGCCUACACCACCCUCAUCUCCGUCUUCAUCUGCGUCCCCGGCAUCUUCUUCUUUGAGCGCGGCGUGUGGUCCGCCAUCCGCACCCAGGUCGCGCUCAAGGGCGCAGGCCAGUUCUACGGCGCCCUGCUCUCCGUCGGCCUGCUGUACCACCUGUACAACCAGUUUGCCUUCAACACCCUGUCCCGCAUCAGCCCCGUCUCCCACGGCGUCUGCAACGUGGUCAAGCGUGUCGUCAUCAUCGCCACCUCGGUGCUCUUCUUCGGCAACAAGCUGACGCUGCAGACCAAGGUGGGCACCGGCAUCGCGCUGCUGGGCACCUACGCCUACACCGAGGCCGUGAAGCGGUACAAGGCCACUCCCACCCCCAAGCUGGCCUAG